AUGGCACCAGAACCUAUGAGCGAGGAGAUGAAGGAGGAUAUCCGGCGCAUGACGGAAACCCUGACCAACCAGCCCACCAUUGAGCUGCUUACUCGAGCUGGGAACCAGGCCAAGUACAACCGGUGGGACCUCAAGGAGCGAAAGAAGGCUCGGGAGGAGGCCAUGGCACGAGCAGAGAACAACGGGGAUGCCGGAGACUACGAAGAGGAUGUCACCAGAGAUACCGAAGCCAGUGUUGCCGACACCACUGGCAUCAACGAGGCCAACGUCACAGAUGCCGGUGCCAACGAAACCAAUACCACUGACGUCUCCGAGGCCAAGGGCAAGGUCACCACCAAGGUCAAGGAUGUUGUGUCCCGCGUUACAAAGGCAAUGAACCGCCUGAGCAUGAUCAAGAAGCGAGCUGGUGACAAGACUGCAGACGACAAGGGCAAGUCUGGUCACGGCAGCAAGCAGGGUGGCAACAAGGCUUGA